GCUGCAGAUGAGGACCACCACCACCACUACCGCCUGCUGCAGCUCCACCAAGAAGAACAAGUGCAGCGGGACCAAGAACCGCCGCAAGUCCCCGUCUUCCAGCUCUCCCACCUGCAGGCCGCGUCCGUGAGGCAGCCGGGGGCCGAGUAUGCCCUUCUCUCGCCCAUGGGCGACGCCGGCCAGUCCCACCACCAUCACCACGGCCUCCAGACGCAGCUCCUGUCCUUCGGCGGAGGCCACCACCCCCACAUGCACCAGUUCACGGCCCAGCCGCAGCCGACCCAGACGCGGGCGCGAGGAGGACGCGGCGGCGGCGGCGAGCUGGUUCCCGCGGCGACGCCCGCGCGUGUGAGGGGCGGCGGGGGCGGGGAGAUCGUGGCGGUCCAGGGCGGGCACAUUGUGCGCUCCACGGGGCGCAAGGACCGGCACAGCAAGGUCUGCACGGCGCGCGGGCCCCGCGACCGCCGCGUGCGCCUGUCGGCGCACACCGCCAUCCAGUUCUACGACGUGCAGGACCGCCUCGGCUACGACCGCCCCAGCAAGGCCGUCGACUGGCUCAUCAAGAACGCCAAGGACGCCAUCGACAGCCUCGACACCCUCCCCGCCUGGCAGCCCACCGCCGCCACCAAUGCCGCCGCCGCCGCGCCGCCCUCCUCCUCCACCCACCACGACUCCGCCGACAACUCCGACGACCAGGCGCAGGCCAUCACCAUCGCGCACACCUCCUUCGACUUCGCCGGCUCUGGCGGCGGCGGGGCCCACGGCGGCGGCAUCACCUUCCCGCCGUCGCUCGACUCGGACACCAUCGCCGACACGAUCAAGUCCUUCUUCCCGAUGGGCGGCACCGCGGGCGGAGAGGCGUCGUCGUCCACCGUGGCGGCGAACUCGUCGGCAAUGAGUUUCCCGGGCUACACACCGGACCUCCUGUCGCGGACCGGCAGCCAAAGCCAAGAACUUCGGCUGUCGCUGCAGCCUUUACCAGACCGCAUGUUCCACCACCACCAGCAGCAGGAGCAGCAGCAUCGGUCGCACGGCCACGACGGCAACGGCACCGCGCAGCAGGCCAUCUUCCCCGGCGCCGCCAACUACUCGUUUGGCGGCGGCGGCGCCAUGUGGGGAGAGCAGGCGCAGCAGAGCCAGCGCAUGCUGCCGUGGAGCGUGCCCGACCCAGGCGGCGGGACCGCUGGCGGCGGCUACCUGUUCAACGUGUCGCAGCAGGCGGCGCACAUGCAGGCGGCGCUCAGUGGCCAGAGCCAGUUCUUCUUCCCGAGGGGACCCCUUCAGUCCAGUAACCAGCCCUCCGACCGAGGAUGGCCGGAAACCGUCCAAGCUGACAACAACAACAACCAGAUGCAGCAGGGCUUGAACCCCUCCAUCGGGUUCGCUCAAGGCGUCAGCUUCUCCGGAUUCCGGCUCCCCGCGAGGAUACAGGGCGACGAGGAGCACAACGGCGGCAAUGGCGACAAGCCGCCGUCCGUGUCCUCGGCUUCCCACCACUGACAGCAGCAGUGGACGACAGAUGACUUCACCACCAACCACCUUGUACAAGUAACAGCGACAGCAGCUCCCCCAGUCGCAUCACUGUGUUGAUCUGCUACCACUUCUUCUUGACAAGAGAACUGGUGACUGCAACCAGGAGGAGCAAAAUUCGGUUUGUUGGUUGGUUGGUUUGGUUUUCCAUCUCUUCUGCUAGGUGUGUCAUUGGUUUUUGCUUCAAGAAUUCGAUCGCUGGGAGCAUCUUAGAAUUAGGCUUGUGAGAGUAUGCAGCACCGGGCCUGGCCAGCCUCUGUGUUUGUUGCAUUGCAGUAGAUGUAGUCGAUGUUGUAGCUGUCGAUCGUAGGUCAAGCUUGAUUGCUUUCUUUUACCAGUUGGUUAUGAUGCAUGGAUGAUGUGCUUUGCUUCUUCCUGCGGAUUCAGGACCCAGAAGCAGUGUCCGCCGCUGCUACUACUAAUGUUGUUCUUGAACUUUUUAUAUAAAUGGAUGAUGGGGAGAGGAGUCUUCCACUCUAUCUUUA